AUGGCUUCAAGAGCAUUAGCCUCCGCUGCCCUUCUCCUCUCCCUCAACAUUCUAUUCUUCACUUUGGUGAGUUCUGGAAAGCCUGAAGGCCCUAAAUAUCAGCCAUCAGGAACAUCAACAACACCAACAUCAACGGGCACUUGCCCUAGAGAUGCCUUAAAGUUGCAAGCAUGUGCAAAUGUGCUGAACUUGGCUAAAGUUGUUGUUGGUGAAGAAGAGAAGGCCACUUGCUGCAGCCUCAUUGCUGGUCUUGUUGAUCUUGAAGCUGCUGCUUGCCUUUGCACUAGAGUCAGAGCUGAUCUCUUGGGCCUCAUUAAGUUGGACAUUCCUGUUGCUGUGACGCUCCUGCUCAAUGAAUGCAAUAGGGAGGUAAAUGGUCCAUUUGACCCUGUUAGCGAUGGAACUAAUAACUCAAUUCGUGAAUAUUCGGCUGGCCCGGGAAAUCUAUUGGGUCUUGACGGGUCCAGGUAA